AUGCAAGCAAAUUUCAUCCUCCUGGUGCUGCUCGGAGCGAUGCCCGGAAGAGACUCGCUACAGUUCACCAACUUACCCGGCCUGUGUCGGAUCGCGGAGAAUUCCAAGCCGAGGGCAAGUCCGUGCAACUUCUCCGUGACCCCGUCGGAGGCGGAGGCCCCGCUGAGCGACGGCUAUCCUCUGAUCAUCAAUUCGAGCCCCCUGACUCGGGCUUUCGCCGUCGACGUGGUGUCCGACACUAGUUUCCGGGUUGUUGCCACAGGGAACCCUCCGCUGGAUUUUGAAACGAUGCCAAAUAGAUUUGAAUUGCAGAUUUACGUUAAAGACGAAGCAGGAGCCACAGACUUGCAAACCCUGACUGUGGAGGUAGAAGACGUGGAUGAGCCUCCUGUGUUUCAGGGCAACUUGGCCCAGAGAACUGUGGAGCUGUACGUGCUGGAGGGGACUCCGCCGGGCGCCCUGUACCAGGUGGAAGCGACCGACCCAGAAGUCGCAGCUCCUCUCACGUACUCCCUGGGCUCACCCUCGGACCCAUUCAGCAUCUCCCAGACCGGUACCCUCGCCUCUACCGCCACGUUUGAUUUUGAGUCCGGGCCCCGCAGUUACAUGCCGACAGUGGUCGUGACGGACCAGAAGGGCCUCAGUGCCAACCGGACCUUCCUCGUGUUCAUCGUGGACAUCAACGACGAGGCCCCGCGCUUCACCAGCGCGAGGACCUCCUACACCAUUCCGGAGGAGCAGAGGGCGGGGAGCUUCGUGGCCAACGUCACGGCCCGGGAUCCCGACGACGACGGGUUUCCGAGCCGGCUCCUCUACAGCAUCGACCCUCCUUCCCAGUAUUUCGUCAUAAACCAGUUGACCGGCACCGUGUACGUGGCCAAGCGUCUGGAUCGAGACGCGGCGCCCUGGAGACGGGACCCCAGCCUGACCCUGGAGAUCCUCGUGCGGGACAGGUCGCGUGGUGGCCACGAGAGCCGCACCCACAUCGCCGUCACCCUCAGCGACAUCAACGACCUCCCUCCUAUCUGCGCCCAGGACGCCUUCAGGGUGGAGGUGCUGGAAACCCUGCCCGCGGGCUCACAGCUUCUGGACCUGCGGCGCUGCUGCCACGACGCCGACGCCGAGGAGCCAAACCGGGCGUUCAGCUUCUCGGGGCUGUCCGGAGCCGGAAGCCACCGGUUCCGCCAGGAUCCGGAGGGCUCCGGGAAUAUCUUGGUCAGUGCCGGGACCGUCCCCUCUGCCACCCCCGGGAGCCUCGGGCCACCACGCCGCUUCGGCUGGUGCCCGAGGGCCAGUGUCAUCAGCGUAUACGUCCAAGCCAGCCCCGUGAACGAGUUUCCCCUGGCCUUUGACCCCUCCACUUACGUCUUUCAAAUUUCCGAAGUGAAGCCAGCCGGCUGGCCCGUCGGACAGGUAUGCGCGGCGGACAGGGACCGCCCAAGGACGGAGGUCACGUACUCCCUCCUGAAUGGGGACGCCGCCCUCCAGAAGGACCCCCGGUUCUGGAUCCAGCCCCGGACGGGCGUGCUGCAGCUGCUGACGCGCCUGGACUACGAAUCCAGCUCCCAGCACGUCCUCGCCGUGCAGGCCGCCAGCACGGAAGGCUCCAGUACAGCCACGGUGACCGUGCAGGUGCUCGAAGAGAAUGACGAGAAGCCCGUCUGUGAGCCAAACUUCUCCUUGCUGACGAUCCCGGCGCAAACGGCCGUCGGCACGCCCAUCCAGAAUUUCAGACUCACCUGCACUGAUCGGGAUUCCAGUCCCGGGGCUCUCCGCUACACCAUCGGUUCAGGCAACGUCAACAAUCGCUUCGCUUUCUCCCCCGACGCCGGUUCCAACGUCACGAGCCUACUGCUGGCCUCUCCCUUCGACCCCUGGCUGGAGCCGGGCGGGCCGGGGGAGCCCCGGGCCUAUCGGCUGCUGGUCCGCAUCACGGACGACAACCUGCUGACCGGCGGGAAGAAGGCGGUGACCCCGGUGGAGACGGGGACGGUGACGCUGAGUAUCCGGGUCAUCCCGGCCCCUACCCCGAGGUUCACCACCACCUCCACGCCCAGGGUCACCUACCUGAUCCGAAGGGAAAACUCGUAUUCCUCGUCUGCGUGGUACGUGCCGUUCGUCAUCGCCCUGGGUUCCCUGCUGCUCCUCGGACUCCUGGGCCAUCUGCUCUUCCACCUGGCCAGAUUCGUCCGCGGCCACUGGCCCUGCCUACCCAAGGCAGAUAAGGAACCCCCGGUGAAGAAGGCCGGAAAGAAGAAGGCCAAGAAAGAAGUGGUGCUGGAAAUCACCAAGAUCAACACCAUCUUUGACGGGGAGGCUGUAGACCCAGUCACGGGGAAAACCUACGAAUUCAACUCCAAGUCCGGUGCCCGGCGCUGGAAAGAGGCGGCGGCCCAGGCGGAACCAGCCCGGACGGAACCGGCCCGGGCCGAAGCGGCUCAGGCGGUGGGGCUAGCGAUGCCCGGGGGGACGAGCAGCAACCGGGCCGGAGCUGGGACCCCCAGCUCUGGUCCAGGGCCCACACCCCACGACGGGGGACCCCAGUCAGUGUCGGGCCGGAGAGGCCCCAAUCUCCCCAGACCCGUAGAUAGGCCAGCGGGCCGGAGGCCGUCUCCCAGCCUGUCCGCCCGGGCUUCCCCCAAAAUACAUCCCCAUACACCCCCAAAAUUGUCUGGGAAGUAACGGGGUCCAUCUACUCCCUCUCCAUCACCCCCAAGCCCAGUUAGACUGCAGAGGGCCUCGCCCUCACGCCACCACGUGGGAGAAGGCCGGUGACCCCUCUGGUCCCCAAACUGGGAUAAGCCACGGAAAUUCCCGCGGAGGAAUCCAACGAGCAACCCCGCUGCGGCCCAGCCCAU